GUGCGGCGGAUGGGUCAUGGGUAUCGCUACCAGGAAGUAAGAGAAAAAACAGGAGGACAGAUGAACUUAUUGCGGUGGUGUGAAAUUUCAAAAUUUUAAUUUUAAUGAAGAGGAGACAACUCGCCAGCAUUGCCAUAAUUGUCCUCUGCAGCACUCUGCUUGCUUUGGGUGAGCGUCUGCUUUCCCUAUCCGAGGUUCAUUGUCGUCAACAAGAACAACAGCACAACUUAGGGUUUUGCGGUGAAGAAGAGGAAGAAUUCGCAGAUCAACUGAUUCGGAUGGCAACUGUCGGAGGAUUACACGAUUCUACUUCUCCAUCAUCGCAGCAGAAUAACUCUGAGAUUGACGCCCUUGCUCGAUUUGCUAUCCAGGAACACAACAAGAAAGAGAAUGCAUUGUUUGAGUUGGUGAGGGUGGUUGAAGCACGAGAACAAGUUGUUGCUGGGACACUGCACCAUCUUACUCUUGAGGUCAUUGAUGCUGGAAAGAAAAAGCUGUAUGAAGCUAAGGUGUGGGUGAAACCUUGGUUAAACUUUAAAGAACUGCAAGAAUUCAAGCAUGUUGAGGACAUUCCCUCUUUUACUCCCUCUGAUCUUGGCAUCAAGAAAGAUGGCCAUGGCUUGGGAUGGCAAUCAGUGCCAGCACAUGAUCCGAUUGUCCAAGAUGCUGCAAACCAUGCGCUUGCAACCAUCCAGCAGAGAUCUAACUCGCUUUUUGCUUAUGAGCUUCUUGAGAUACUUCAUGCAAAUGCUGAGGUUGCUGAAGAAUCUGCUAGGUUUGAUCUGCAUCUUAAGGUCAGAAGGGGGGGGAGAGAGGAGAAAUUCAAGGUUGAGGUUAACAGGAAUAGUGAAGGUUAUUUCCACUUGAAUCACAUGGAACCGCUACAGUCUUGAUUCGUAUCUAGGUUAGGCAUGACCUUGGUACUUUUAGGAUCGCUGCAUGGUUGUUGUCAGACGUCUGAAGUGGCCGAUAUGUUUUUCUUAACUGUAUUAAGCAAUUCUAAGUGAGGAUGCUUUUGCCUUCGCUUGCUUGCUUGUCAUAUAAAGUGCCUAUGUUUAAUAAGAAUGCUUCUUCUGGAUUUGAUCUAGAGGGCUUAUGUUUUUGUGUCCUGCAAACGGUGGGUUACCAAUCUGCGGAAUGUUUCACUGUAACCAAAUCAGAGCUCCUCUUCAUUGAUUUAGGUAUGUUUGGAUCUGUGAUUAUUUUGGAAAAGUAUUUGUAAUUGUAAUGCUAACAUGCUUCUUCAAUUA